CACGCUCCAUCUCGUUUCUGAGGGUUUCCUGGCCGCAUGCCUCGUCGUCGGCUCGCAGAUUGAAUUUUCAUUGCGAGCCGCUAGCGUCGUCUGCUGCUGCUGCUGCUGGUGUCUGUCUCUCCCUGCAACACCAACUGCACCCCCCCUGCAGCACGCGAAUCGAAUCGAAUCCAAUCGAACGGCGGACCGUACCCAAAGCUCGAGAGUGGAGCCCAGACCCUCAAUCAGUGUGGAGCGACGCGUCUUCUUCAGUAGUGCACCGCCGCCGGCCGACGGCAGAGCCAUACAACAUACACAAGAAUAAAAAAAAAGAAAAAAAAAAAAAACAAAAAACCAAAACACACACUGAAAAAACAGACUGUAUAUUUUUUUAAGCACGAAAUUGAAAACGAAAAAAAAAUCAAACUCCCGAAAAAGAGUCCUUUAGUGAUCGAUUCUAAGCGCGAGUGACCGAAACCCCAACACCCCUCUAGUUUUUGUGAGAAGAUAAGUGUUGAUACCCCCGAAUGGCCCAAAAGUUCUGAGCGUGAGAGCCAUAAUGGUACUGGAGCAACGAAACAAUCAAUCUUCACCCACAGCCACCCACACCGCAGCGGACACCAAAAAGUACUCCAUCAACAACAACAACAAUAACAACAACAAUCACAGUAUCAACAGUAACAGCAACAGCAACAGCAACAACAUCAAUCACAAUAACAAUAGCAGCAGCCAGGACGAGGACGAGACGGAAGUAGUGGAAGUAUCACCAUCCUCCCGGCAAAGGACCACAUCCAAUCCGUACCCACAUCCGUACCCCAAUCCGAGUCCCCAUUCAGGCCACCAUCAUCUGCCAUCAGCCACGCCGCCGCAACAGCAACUGCAGCAGCAACGGUUGAGCGGCAGCAGUCCACCCACAUCCCACUCCCACUCCCAUUCCCAUCCCAGGCCCAGCGUCAGUAUGCCAUCGGAGGGACUUCAUCCGACGGCCGCGCUUCAGCUGUAUGCGGCCGCCGCCCAAUUGGCGCCCGGCGGCGUUCGAGUGCCGCCCUGGGGCCCCUUCCUGCAGUUCGGAGUGCCCGGCGUCUUUGGCCCGAACGGACCGUUCCUUGGACGGCCUCGUUUCGAUGCCGCCGGCGGAGGACAUCCCACCUCAGCGGCAGCUGCCGCCGCGGCCACACAAAUGGCGGCGGUAAAUGCCAGCAAUGCCUUCGCCAAUCUCACCGGACUGAGUGCGGCGGCGCUAAGGAAUGUAAGUGCCGCCCAGACGACGGCAGUGGCCGCUGUGGCCAGCACUGUGGCGACUAUCCAGCACCGAUUGAUGAUCGGCAAUCGGCAGAGUCUGCCGCCGGCGGGACCACCGAGCGAAGGAUCCAACGAGGAUGGCGGCUUUCCUGGCGACGGCGAUGAUGACAGCAGCGCCGCCAAACGUCGUCGCUCCCGCACAAAUUUCAACUCCUGGCAGCUGGAGGAACUGGAGCGGGCCUUCUCCGCCAGCCACUAUCCGGAUAUCUUCAUGCGCGAGGCAUUGGCCAUGCGGCUGGACCUCAAGGAGUCGCGAGUUGCGGUAUGGUUCCAGAAUCGACGGGCCAAGGUGCGUAAGCGCGAGCACACCAAAAAGGGUCCCGGCCGGCCCGCCCACAAUGCCCAGCCGCAGACAUGCAGCGGCGAGCCAAUACCGCCCAACGAGCUCAAGGCCAAGGAGCGUGCCAGGCGUCGCAAGAAGCUGGCCAAGGCCAUCGAUAGGCAGGCGAGGAAGCUGCAGGCCAAGGGCAUCACCGUCGACCUGGAGGCCCUCAAGGCCGAAUACAUAUCACAGCACAAGGCGAACGGCACCUUCUCGGACUCGGAUCUCGAGGACGAUGGCAUCCAGAUCGAUGUCGUCGGCGGCACCGACAGCGACGACGAGCUGGACAGCGAUGCCGUCAGCCCGGCCCGCCACGGCCCCCAGCACGGCGGCCAGAGCCACUGCGGCCUGGACGGCGACGGGGACAGCUCGCGGGCGGGCAGCUUCAUUGGCGGCGGCGGUAGCUUGGGCAGCCCCAGCUCCGUGGCCCCCUCCACGCUGCUCUCGAACGGCGGCGGCGUCUUCGGCAAGAUGGAGCCCAUGGAUGGCGGCGAGUCAGAGGAUCGGGAGAGGGAGAGGGAGCAGGAGUCGCGCGCAUCGCCCAAAUCGCUACUCUUUCCCGCCAAGGCCUUCCAUCAACUCAACCUGCAGAACUCCCAGCACCACGGUGGCCACGGACACGGCCACGGCCAUGGGCAUGGGCACAAUCACAGUGCGGCGGCCACCGCCGCCUCGGCCACGGCGGCAGCGGUAGCGGCGGCGGCCAACCUCGUCCACCAGACCUCGCCCAUCAGCAUCCGGCGCAGCAAUCCCUUCAGCAUCGAGUCGCUGCUCUUCAACAACACGUGAGGCAACCAAGCAGCGGAACAGGAGGUGGAGUUCAACCGAACCGCAUUUGCUUCUCCAUUGAUUUAUGCGUUCCUAGAGGUUUUUGCUCAGUUUUUCAUCUCUUUUUGUCUAUAAGUUCUCUAAGUUCUCUAUAACUCUCCUCCCUCUUUAAAAGUAUGGGUUCCGCCAGCACGUUAUACAGACUACACGUUGACAAGUGAAUGGCAACAGAAAAUACAACUUUUUUUUUUAUCAAAAAUCGUAUUAAAAUAUUUUUAAAUAUUUGCUUAUCGUCUAAACAUAUUUGAAUCAUUCGAAUCGAAAGUGUUCCAUUUUUGUCUAUUCACUAAUGGGAAAUUUGAACAGCGAAUUCAGUGUCCUUCGUGUCCUUGUGGAACCCCGCUAAUAGUUAUCCUUCCUUUGACUACUCUUCGGUUCAGAGCUUGAAUAUUCUUAAGUGAUUUUAUUUAUUCGACUAUACAAUAGAAAUACAUACAAACAUAAAUAUAUAUUUUUUUGCGUAUUGUAAUUUAAAACCCCCUGUUCCAAGAGAGACUAAAUUAGUGUUGUAAAUGAAUUUAUUAUUUUUACAUUAAAUACUAUUAAUUUUUUUUUUUUUUUUUGUUUGAAGCAAUGCUUGAAAUAUGAGUAAUAUUUUUAUGUAAUAAAAAAACGAUAUCAACUAAGGACAAAUUUUUUUCCCAGUGUAGGUAUGAAUGAAUGUGCGAGUGUGUGCCAGUGUGUGUGUGUGUAAAAAUGUAAUUUAAUUUAGCUCAAAAAAAGAAAGAAAGAAAGAGAACAAAAAAAAAACCACAAAGAAUCGGAUAGAUACCCCCAAAACUUAAGUAAGAGGAUGUUUUUUUUUUUUAAUAAAUAUAUAAAGAUGAUCCUAAAGAAGGGGAAUAGUACAUACAAUAUAUUUAAACUAUGAGAAAAAUAUGAGAAUAUGAGAAACACACACAAAACUACCACAAAUAGAAAUGCAAAUGAAACGGAAAAUGAA